AUGAAGACUCUCUCCCUUGCAGCUGUCUUGCUCGUCCAAGCCUGGACUGCGAACAGCAGCCCGAGGGCUAAGCGGUCGUCUGGUUUCCAAUGGUUCGGUAGCAACGAAUCCGGCGCCGAAUUUGGCUCCGGGAAUAUCCCCGGCACUUUGGGCACGGAUUACAUCUGGCCUGAUGCGACGGCUAUCGAGACGCUGCAUAGUGCCGGGAUGAAUAUCUUCCGCGUGCCGUUCCUGAUGGAGCGGUUGGUGCCGGAUGAGUUGACUGGUGCCGCGGAUGCGACGUAUAUGGCUGAUCUGAAGGCUACGGUGCAAACCAUCACAGACCUUGGUGCUUAUGCGGUGGUGGAUCCGCAUAAUUUUGGGAGAUACUACGGCAACAUCAUCACCUCAACCAGCGACUUUGCAGCCUUCUGGACAACAGUAGCCAGUGAGUUCACCGACAAUGACCUCGUCAUCUUCGAUACCAACAACGAAUUCCACGAUGAAGACCAAACCCUCGUGCUUGAUCUCAAUCAAGCCGCCAUCACCGCCAUCCGCGCCACCGGCGCCACAACGCAAUAUAUCUUCGUCGAAGGCAACUCCUACACCGGCGCCUGGACCUGGACCACCACCAACACGAACCUCGUCAACCUGACCGACCCCAACGACCGUCUCAUCUACGAAAUGCACCAGUACCUGGACAGCGAUGGCUCCGGGACGAGUUCGACGUGCGUCAGCUCGACAAUUGGUGCUGAGCGCAUUGCUGAUGCCACAACCUGGUUGAAAGAGAAUGGGAAGCAGGCGGUGCUGGGGGAGUUCGCGGGCGGCGCGAAUAGUGUAUGUGAGGAGGCGGUUACAGGCAUGUUGGAUGCGAUGGUGGAUGCUAGUGAUGUUUGGCUGGGGGGCAUGUGGUGGUCUGCUGGGCCUUGGUGGGGGGAUUAUAUCUUCUCGUUGGAGCCCGAUGAUGGAACUGCUUAUGAGUAUUAUUUGGGGGUGUUGGAGGGGUAUACUCCUGGUUCAUCUUCGGGGUCAUCUGGAGGGAGUACGACAAGUGCCGUGGCGAGUGCUAGUAGUACGUCGUCUGCUGGGAGUACUACCAAGGUGACUACUACUACCACUGCUGCAACUGCUACAUCGACGGCUGUAGCUGCGCACUAUGCUCAGUGUGGAGGGGAGGGCUGGACUGGGGCGACGACUUGUGCGGAUGGAUAUACCUGCACAGUAGAAAAUGAGUGGUAUUCGCAGUGUUUGUAG